CAAUGACAAAUACAAAAACGAGAAAUGCGUGUUAACUAACUGUUGAGAAAGAAAACGGCUGCAGAAGACAGACAUUUGAACCUAAACCCACGUCAAAACUGAAACUGAAACUCAACGAACCCAAAAAAACACAUGUUUUCUCUUUCACUCUUAAACUCUUCCCACACAAAACCGAAAUAAUUACCCCCAUAAUAAUUAUUCUGGGGGCAAUUUGGUUUCUUAAUGCCCAUCUGAGUUAUAAAAAAAAUGGAGACUCCAGUUGAAGUGAAACCUACUCGAGUUGCAUCUGGAUUCUUAGAUGACUUGUCUGAGACUUGCAAGAUGGGUACUCCAAACGGAAGAGCAAUGUGUAAGUCUGACGAUGAAGUUCCUUUUGACUCUGAAAUAAAUUUUCACCUGUCAGAAUCUAUUCUGGUGGAUGUACGUGGAUCACAUUCUGGAGAAUCUCAGACUGCUCGUCAUGAAACGUUGGCGGGUAUUAUUUACAAGAGCAUACGAGUUGUAGUUUUUUCUAACAAACUCAACUUGCUUAUGCCUUUUGGGCCUCUUGCAAUUCUUGUGCAGAAGUUGACUGGCCAUCUUGGUUGGGUCUUUGGUCUGAGUUUGUUGGGUAUAGUGCCUCUGGCGGAGCGGUUAGGUUAUGCUACUGAGCAGCUAGCAUUUUACACCGGAGAUACUGUUGGGGGUCUUCUAAAUGCUACAUUUGGAAAUGCGACAGAAUUGAUCAUCUCAAUAUAUGCAUUAAAAAGUGGAAUGACACGAGUUGUCCAGCUCUCUUUGCUGGGUUCAAUUUUGUCCAAUAUGUUACUGGUGCUUGGAUGCGCAUUCUUAUGUGGUGGGAUUGUUAAUCACAAGAAGGAACAAGUGUUUAACAAGGCAGCUGCUUCCGUGAACUCAGGAUUAUUGCUGAUGGCAGUCAUGGGCAUACUUUUUCCUGCUGUUCUACACUACACUCACACUGAGGUCCGUGUUGGGAAGUCAGAGUUGUCACUUUCAAGACUCAGCAGCUGCAUUAUGCUUGUGGCCUAUGUUGCAUACCUAUUUUUUCAGUUAAAAAGUCAAAGAAGUCUCUAUGUCUCUGUGAACGAGGAUGAGAGUCAGAAUGGAAACAACUCAAAUGAUGAUGAAUCCCCAGAUAUUUCUAAAUGGGAAACACUAAUCUGGCUUUCGGUUAUGACUGCUUGGAUAUCAAUCCUGUCAGAAUAUUUGGUUGGCGCUAUGGAGGGAGCAUCUAUGGCAUGGGAAAUUCCAGUAGCAUUUAUUAGUGUCAUAUUGCUUCCACUAGUGGGGAAUGCAGCCGAACAUGCCAGUGCUAUAAUGUUUGCCAUGAAAGAUAAACUUGACAUUUCCUUAGGAGUAGCAAUUGGGUCAUCCACACAGAUAUCUAUGUUUGUGAUACCAUUUUGUGUUGUUAUUGGCUGGAUAAUAGGGCAACCUAUGGACUUAAACUUUCAACUUUUUGAGACUGCAGCACUAUUUCUUACUGUUAUAGUCGUAGCCUUCAUGUUACAGGAAGGAACUGCUAAUUACUUCAAAGGGCUAAUGCUUAUUCUUUGCUAUCUGAUAGUGGCAGCCAGUUUUUAUGUACAUGUAGAUUCCUCUCAAUAAGUUAGAUUUGUGCUAAUGAAAUGAGGUUGCGAAGAUUUUGUUGUUCCCCUGCUGCAAAUCAAAGAAAUUAAUUUGUUUAAGUUCUGAUUUCCAUCUUGUAAUUGUGUUUCAUAAAUGUCAUUGAUCUGGCUUCAUGUUUGUUGCACAA